AUGCUGAAUGAAAAAGCUGGGGGAACUCCACUAUCUUAUGCUAGACUUAGUGAACUCAAUAGCAUGAUAUUCAAUGCUGGUUUACAUGAUCUUUCCUCUGUGGGGCACUUCUUUACGUGGCAUAACCAACAGCAACAAAAUCCUAUACAUAUUAAGCUUGAUCGUGUGAUAGUUAAUGAUAACUGGCUGACUUACUUUCCUCACACGUUUUAUAAAGUGGAUGAUCCUGAUUGUUCGGACCACUCGCCGCUUAUCUUGAUGAACCCUUUAAGUAUCAAUAAAGGCCACCGCUUCAUGUUUAAAAACUAUUGCUUGAAUCAACCUGAGUUUUGGAGCAAUCUAGUGGAUGUUUUCUCCCUUCCAAACAAAAUCAGCCCUCUUAGCUCUUUCAGUUACAAGCUUAAAACUCUUAAAAACAUUGUGAAGAGCAAAUCUUGGUCCAAUGCCAACACCAUACAAACUCAAAUUGAUACUCUCAAAACCCAACAACACUCUGUUAUUGCUCAGCUACAAAAUACUCCUUUGGACCCUUUUCUAAACUGCUGUUUGACGGAUAUCAACACUAAGUUAGCUUUCUACCACAAUUCCCUUACUAGUUGGAUGACCCAAAGAGCUAAGGUGAAUUGGCUGACUAAUGGUGAGGAUGAUCUUAAGUUUCUAUACUUGCCAGAUCAAAUCAAAGCCACUGCCAUUGCUGUUAUUCCUAAACAAUCUCAUGCCACUAAUGUCAAGGAUUUCAGACCCAUAGCCCUUUGUAAUGUCAUUUACAAGAUCAUUGCGAAAAUCAUUGCGAAUAGAAUGAAGGAGGUGAUGCCUUUAAUUAUUAACCCUAGCCAGGGUGGCUUUAUCCAUAAAAGGGUCAUUUCUGACAAUAUUUUACUUGCUUCUGACACUCUUGGGAGUUUUAAUACCAAAGCCAAGCAAAAAUACUUCUGUGCCAAAUUUGAUAUUACCAAAGCUUUUGAUAUGGUUUCUAGAGACUUUUUAUACCAAAGGCUUGAGGUUAAAGGUUUCCCCGAAAUGUUUAUAAACUGGAUUAAGGCUUGUACUAAGGAUGUGCACUUCUCUGUCAGUAUUAAUGGUAAGCUUGAAGGGUAUUUCAAUUCAACAUCUGGGUUAAGGCAAGGAUGCCCUUUAUCCCCAUAUCUUUUUAGCAUUAGUAUGGAUGGCUUAUCUUCCUGCUUUGAUCAUGCUAUUGCUACCAAAUCUUUUAAUGGUAUUAAAGCUGGAAACUGUAUUGUUUCCCAUCUGAUGUUUGCUGAUGACCUUCUGGUUUUUGGUUUGGCCACUGUUGACAAUGCUCAAGCUCUCAACAAUAUCCUUCGCAACUUUGGUGCUGCUACUAGCUUACAUACGAACCCAGCGAAAAGCUCUAUUUUAAUCUCCAAAGAUACUACCAUAGCAUCAUCUAUCUGUGCUAUUCUCAAUAUCCGACAAACUUCAUCCCCAAUGAUUUAUUUGGGUCUGCCCAUCUUUUACAAAAAACUUAAAAUUGCGCACUUCCAACCUCUUUUACAAAAAAUUGUCACACUUUUAGACGGUUGGAAGGCAAAGACUUUAUCAUUUGCGGGGAGAAUACAGUAUAUCAAAUUCACCAUAUGCAAUACGUUGGCCUACUGGAUUCGUGGAUCUAUAAUACCUAAAAGUUGUUGCAAACUUAUCAACCGAAUGUGUGCUAGGUUCACCUUCUUUGGCAAUAUCAAUUUAAAGAAGCUCCAUACUCUUUCGUGGAAAAACACUACUUUGCCUAAACAAAAUGGUGGUCUGGGCAUUCCUUCUAUUGACUCCAUGUACCAUAGCUUUGGUUGUUCUAUCAUUUGGAGGUUUUUAAAUUCCAGUAAUUUAUUUUUUUGCUGGUGGAGAGCCAAAUACCAUUCUCUGUGGAAUACUUCGGCUGUGAACUGUUCUCAUUACUGGAAUGCCUUAUGUAAGCAAGCCAAUCAUAUUAAACACUGUAUCAAUUUUACUAUUUGCCCGACCAACACUUUGUCUGUUUUCUGGGACCCUUGGUGCGGGGGGCAUUCAAUUGCUGAUUAUCUCAUUUUAAACAAUUCGAUUGAGCAGUAUACCCAAUUCUUUGACUGGAAGGUAUCUGAUAUCAUUUGGGGGAGUUACUGGGCUAUUCCCAGUUUCCUUGAUAGCCAUUUAGCUAUGAGUAUAAAUUCUGUAGUGAUAGAAGAUAAUAUGGAUAACCACUUCUGGCUUGGUAAACAGAAUCCUAAAUUUGCUGAUUUUCGUAACCAAUUCUAUAGAGGUUUGAAAACUGCUGAUGUGUUAGCUAUGCGUGGGAUUACCGAUCACUUUAACUGUUGUUUUUGCCAUGGAGAAAAGGAGACGGUUUCACAUCUUUUCUUUGAGUGUAAUUUCACCUUCAACAUUAUCAAAAGCUUACUUCCCUGGAUGGAUUCACAAUUGUUGAAACCAAAUCUUUAUCAAGUCUAUGAUAGCAUUUAUGAGCAAAAUAUCAACAAACAACUGAAACAUUAUUUCUUGCUCUCUGGAUCUGCAACUAUCUAUCAUCUUUGGAGAGCGCGAAAUGAUCGGUUAUAUGGUGGAAUUAUUGAUAGCCAGGAGACAAUUUCUGUCAAGAUUAGAAAAGCUUUAAUUCUCAAAACCCAUGGCUCGAAGCGUAGUUGA